UGUUUACUACCGGGAACGAAGCAGCAACGCAAAACAAAUGGCUCGUAACGCAGAAAAGGCUAUGACAACAUUGGCACGAUGGAGGGCGGCAAAAGAAACAGAAACUGGCAAACAGGAGCGUCGGCCGUAUCUGGCCUCCGAAUGUCGCGAUUUGGGACAGUGUGAAAAGUGGCGGCUAGAAAUCAUCCGGGAAAUUUCUAAAAAAGUAGCACAAAUUCAAAACGCCGGUUUAGGAGAAUUCAGAAUCCGGGACCUUAACGAUGAGAUAAACAAACUGCUCCGCGAGAAGCGGCACUGGGAGAAUCAAAUAUCCGACCUUGGCGGACCGCAUUACCGGCGCUACGGUCCGCGCAUGUUCGAUGCCGAGGGUCGCGAAGUACCCGGCAACCGGGGCUACAAAUACUUCGGCGCGGCCAAGGAUCUGCCCGGUGUGCGAGAGCUUUUCGAGCAGGAACCUCCACCGCCGCCGAAGAAAACGCGCGCCGAACUGAUGAAAGACAUCGAUGCCGAUUACUACGGCUACCGGGACGAUGACGAUGGGAUACUGUUGCCGCUGGAGGAGAAGGCGGAAAAAAUUGCCAUUCAGCGAGCGGUGGAAGAAUGGAGCAGCGCCAAGGGAUCCAAAGCGAGCGACAAAGAUGAUGACGAACCGGACAUUUAUGGUUCCGAUGCGUAUAUUACGCGCGAUCCGGAAAAGCCGUCGAAAGACGACCCGAUGGGCCUGCUGGGGCCUCGCUUUACCGCCCACGUACCCGUGCCAAGCCAGAAGGAUAUCGAAGCGGCACUACUGAAAAAACGUAAACUAGAGCUAAUGAAAAAGUAUGGCAUCGAAGACGAUGAAUAAAGUGAGUAAAAAGCGAACGCCCAAGUUCAAUCGUUUUGUAAGAAUUUAUUAUUACACAUUCAGUAAACUUUUCGACACAGUUUUCCACUGGCUAUCUUAUUGCAAAAUGCUCACACAUAAGUAU